AUGAACAAAUCUACCGGCCCCGCCAAUAUGCUGCCAUCAGCCAUUGCAGAGUCCAUCCAGAAGAAUGACCAUGCUGUCCUCGUCGUGAUUCUGGAAGACAUCCCAGACUCCAUGGAAGCAGAAAUCAUCAAUGACCUGCAGGGAUACUACAGAGGCGCACACUUCCAUGCAUGGCGCCCGUCCGACUUCCUGUUAUGCGAAAUCGCCGGUCGGGCUCAGCACAGAGACAGCCAAGCCAGGCUGUACAGUCUUGCGCUCCUGGCUCAUCGAUCGGGUGUGCCCGGGUUCCUGGUUGUGGACUGGCAAACCCUGUCACUUAUUCGACACCGCCGAAACACGUUUUCGACGGCUAUGGUCAUGGUACGACCGUCCUUGGAGUCACAGGGCAAUCACGGUCCCUGUCAUGAAGUCCACGUCUUUACCGGCCGCAGGCCGAUCUGCUGUGUUGACUUGGACGACGACAAGCCGGCGGAAUGCCGCGUAACAGAGUUACUUCAUGUCUUGUACGUAUCAGAUGUGCAUGAGAUUCUGGCUUCCCGAGAACCUCUCCAGGAUGAUGGUUUCCAUACCCUGGAACUUCACGAUCCUGAUCGGCCCGUGUUUGCGGCGGACACCGCACCCUUCUCGCAGUACGAAACAUCUCUGAGGGAAAUGAAGACGGCACUGUCGAUGCAUUCCCCACUGCCAAUGGAGUUGGUGCACAACAUUGUAUCUUUGGCUCUUGACCAUCAGCCCAUUACGCCUCCACCAUCCAUCAAGAGAAGCCGGAAUCGCUUAAAUAUCCAUCUUUUGUCGCCUACCACUCCUGAAGAGUUUCAACAUACGCAGGCUGUCAUAAAGCAGGCCGUGCGUGACCUUCUGCAGGAGGAUAUGCAGGAAAAUGAUACCAGAAGGUCUCAGCGUACAAACGAGGAUGACGACCAAACUCAAGAGCCAACGGCAGAAGUAGGUGUACAGGAAGAGGACACUGGGGAAAUCCAGACCGAGGACGAGGACAGUGAGCAAGGGUUGGAGGAUUGGUUCUACGAAGGACCGACGCCCGAAUACGAUUUCUAUGAGGACAUAUCCGAUGACGAAAUGUUCGACAGAGAAAUAUGCGCCGGUCAUUAUAAUGCAUACGAUGAUCAUGACGAUAUCCUCCACAAUCCCAGGAGAGCAAAGGCACCCAGCCCUGACGACAUCACGGUUGAAUUGAUUCCAUGGAACCAUAACCGCGUGGCUACUCGACGCGAUCUGGCAUCUAUAUGGGCUACGUAUCAUCGUCAUAUUACCAUCUCGAACACGAUCAACUUUCUCUGUGGACCGAUCAAAGAUGCCGCUGAGAUCGGUCCUGCCCGGUUCAUUUCGAUCUAUGAGACUCCUCUCGGGUUUCCCCUUGUAUCGUUCGCCACGUUGGAAAACAUGCUCAAUGAGCUUAGAUCAGUCCACUAUACGAAGCGCUGGCUGCAACAGCUUACUCGGCCCCUGUUAGAUGACGGAUCCUGUCCCGAUUAUAUGGAAGCCUUGAUGGAGGCCGAUCGAUCGAUCUACCCGAGGAACCUCGUGGAUCUCGUCUGGACGCGCUUUCCUAAACCAUUUCGUCGAGUGAUGGUCUUCUCCCUUACGAACAAGCUCGCGCAAGAGGAGGAGGCUGCUGUCGCAAGGCUGCUCUCUUCCAGCGAACAAUCAAAUGACGACAGGCAUGACGUGUUUUUGCGCCCCGUCCAUAAAUUCGUCCCAUGGGAUGCCGACAAAGCAGAGGACGGCAGUCUGGACGAUAUGUGGCGCAAACUGCUGGAGAUGCGAGCCACAAGCCGGCACGAAUACUCCGACCCUCCCUAUCUGUUCAUCGACCAUCAAUCCGUCGUCGAUGGGACGGUCAUAGUGGCUGGACCUGACCUUCACUGUGGCGACCGGGAUCCGCCUCAGAUCUUGGAGGGUGUCCCUGACCCGAAACUGAAAGGGAUGCUUUAUUGCCGUGUCCCCGCCGAGAGAACAUUUGGUAUACGCUUUGACGAGCAUCAUCGCGCUCUCCCUAUGGACAACAGGAAGAUAGAGGCAAAAAGGUUCCCCAGGCCGGGCUGGCCAGGACAUGGAAUACUGCGAGAACCCGACGGUUAUGUACCCGUGGUAGCUAUACGCUCCGCGCAGUGA